AUGUGGGAGAUGAUUAACCUUGAGGAAAUAGCAGAUCCACCAGAGGUUAACCACAAUGCCACAUUGGAGGUGCCACUAUCGAACUUGGAGCAAGCUAGGAUUAGUAUGCAAUCAAUAAAAUAUUCUCAAACUCCCUCUGUGCCUUUGUUAAACCGAGUUAUCUCAGUUUGUUCCAGAGUGUUAUCCAGCUUCAUCACGUGGUAUCAGAGCAGGGACUGUGUCACACUAAGACAGUCGGCCUAUGCCAAGAAGGUAGUAAUGCAAUUCGGGAUGAGCGAAUGCAACCCGACAAAAUACCCCAUGGAACCAAAGCUGCAACUCGGAAAGGAUGUUAAUGGAACAUUGGUGAAUCCAACGGAAUACAGGCGCGUCAUCGGAUGCUUGAGGUACUUGACUCACACCCGUCCGGAUCUCUCUUAUUCCGUCGGGUUGGUGAGUCGGUAUAUGGAGAGGCCUACUACCAUGCAUCACCAGGCGGUCAAGCAAAUCCUAAGGUAUGUGAAGGGAACCAUUAGCUAUGGGCUUGUGUAUGGAAAAGGACAUGAAGUUGAGGAGUUGGUCGGAUUUACUGAUAGCAAUGUAGCCGGGGAUGUCGAUGACAGAAGAAGUACUAGUGGCAUGCAUUCUACCUCGGCGAGAAUCUGA